AUAUUUCACACCGAUUCUGCAGAGUUUAUGCAUUAUCGUCUAUUUACAAAGCAUGACGUUUGAAUGCGGGUUUCAGCAUUAUGUUUUGAAUGCGGUGCCCCUAUAUUGUUGUACGUUUUUGUUAAAACAUUGGAUAUUGUAAAGUGAUUCAUUUCCGAUUUUAUGUAUUAAUUAUCAGUUUGGUUGACUUAUGUAUUUCCAUUCACCACGUAUCAAUGCAUAUUCAUUACCUAACCGUGACGUCACACACGGAAUGGACACAACAGGGUUUGUGACAGGUAGCAGGCGUACUUGGAGGAUGACGAAACAGAAUUGAAUCGGAUGCGGGCUUUAUAAUUCCGGCAGCUGCACCACGGCUAAUCAGUGGAACUGUCUCAGAUGGUGGACGGUAGCUAUAAAUAUUCAUAAGCCGGGAAAAAAGUAAACGACAUUCGACCAUUUGCAUAAAAUAGCUGUGGAAUUUCCUUUUCCCUGACAAUCUGUCUUUAUUGUGCUUCUCGGUAGGAUGGAAUACAGUUGAAAAUUAAGAUUUAUCCCGGGAAAAUUGAUAAAAAAUUAUAUAUAAAACAAACAAAAAAAUUAAGACGGUUUUUAUUUGAAGAAAAAAAAAGAAUUUGGAAAAUCGAGGGAAUUUACAAUAGCAAAACUGGGGAACUGCAUCGAAGCUUAUAAAAUUGCCAUGCGCAAUUCCUCAAUUUGUGGACCGGAUCUGGAAAAUCCGGAAGAGAAAAGAGACACAUCUAAAAUGGAGCAGUUCCGGCAAAAAAGAAGAUGCAAGAGCAUCCGUGCACCUACGGAGGCGGAAAUAGCUAAUCUAGAGGAGAACCUGAAGCAGUUGGACGGAAUUUUUAGUCCUUCCGGAAUCGGAAAGACCACUUCCGUUGUGUUUACGCUUCAGAAUAGAGUGGGGAACCUGGCAAACGCUCUCAAAAUAUUCCAGGACAACCACAUUAACGUGGUACAUAUAGAAUCUCGGAAAUCCCAGAAGAACGAAUCGGAAGCGGAAAUUUACGUGGAGCUGGAGACGGACAACAUCCGGUUACAGGAGCUUAUCAAACGUCUGAAGAAACAGGUGGCCGGGAUCUCCUAUAACGACAUUCCCGUCCCGCCGUCCCCCGCCACAGCCGCUAGGGUACCAGCCACAGCGGAAGCUUUAGCCAGUGCGCCAUGGUUCCCAAGGAAGAUGUCAGACCUGGACAAAGCUGCCAAUCGUGUGCUUAUGUACGGCUCUGAGUUAGACGCCGAUCAUCCAGGAUUCAAAGACAAGAUUUACCGUCAAAGAAGGAAGAUUUUCGCUGAUAUUGCAAUGGCCUAUAAACAUGGACAGCCCAUUCCUCGAGUGGACUACACUCGGGAGGAAAUCGACACCUGGGGUGUCGUUUUUCGAGAGUUGAACAAACUGUAUCCCUCUCACGCCUGCCGGGAGUACCUGAGGAACCUCCCCCUACUGAUCGACCACUGCGGUUACAGAGAUGAUAAUGUACCUCAACUACAGGAUGUCUCGGACUUCCUUAAAGAGAGAACCGGUUUCCAGCUUCGUCCAGUGGCAGGAUACCUCUCAUCACGUGACUUUUUGGCGGGUCUAGCUUUUCGCGUGUUUCACUGUACACAAUACAUUCGUCAUAGUUCGGAUCCUUUCUACACUCCAGAGCCUGACUGCUGCCAUGAGUUGUUGGGACAUAUGCCACUUUUGGCGGAUCCAAGUUUUGCACAGUUUUCACAGGAACUUGGAUUGGCAUCCCUUGGUGCUUCUGACGAGGAAGUUCAGAAACUGGCAACGUGCUAUUUCUUUACUGUGGAAUUUGGCUUAUGUAAACAGGACGGACAUCUUCGGGCUUACGGCGCUGGUCUCCUGUCAUCAAUAGGAGAACUAAGCCAUGCUUUGACAGAGAAAGCCCGGAAGAUUCCCUUUGAGCCGAUGCGCACUUGUCGCCAGGAGUGUCUCAUCACUACUUUCCAAGAUGUCUACUUCUUCACGGAGUCAUUUGAGGAGGCAAAGGAAAGGAUGAGACAAUUUGCCUGCACCAUUAAAAGACCUUUUGCAGUACGCUACAACCCGUACACACAAACUGUUGACGUCUUAAACAACACGCGUUGUAUUGCGUACGCCGUAAGCGAUCUACGUGGUGAUCUGUGUAUCGUUAGUGACGCAUUGCGUCGUCUGCAACAACUGGAGUUUCAGAAAGAAGACGAGGAACGGAUGGAGCCCUCCACCCCGAGAUAACAGCGCUCAACUCCAGUGUAGAGGUCUUAAUGCUAUAAAUCAUUAUUCUUUGCAGCUAAUGGUUAGGAGUAGUAUGACUUUACAAUGUAUAUAGUGUAUUUAUUAAUAUUAGUACGAGUUUUCCUCUACAUAUAAGUCGGUCACUUAGGAUAUCAUUGUAUGGCAUAAAAUUUGGUGAAAAUAUCUGAAAAUCUUAGUAGCCUAGAUUUUUUUUAUUUCAUGCAAUUCGCUAAUUGAAAAAGAUAAUCAUUUUUUUUUAAAAAAAUAAUGCUUUAUACAUUAACAAAACUCAAGUUUGAGUCAAACUGUGAAU